ACAGCGAUGUGGUGCCUCAAAUAAAGCAAUAUACAGGAUUUACUUUACAAUCUUAUAUCGAUCCAAAGUUCAUUCAAACUGGUAUACGUGAAUAAGACUGGGAAAUAUAACACUCUUUAAAGCGGAAAGCCUCCCUGGAAAUAGAGUAAAUGAUAAAUGGAGAUAAUACAAAAUGUCAUAAACUUGACGUUUCUCUACGUGUUUCUUUCACAAGACUUUUUAUGACAUUUAAUUACUUUUCUUUACUGUGCAAUGCGGUGGAAAUAAAUCAGCACAGCAACGACGCCUUAAGAUGUGACCUGCAAAGCGCGAUCCCUGUGCAGAUCUCCAGCAACAGUCCCCGGCACCGAUGUGGACGCUCACACUGGAUCCCGUAGACCUGCCUCAGGGACGCACGGUCGAGCCACAAGAUGCGCACUGGGCGCUUCAGCUUGGGAGGAGCUUCGGGAUUUUCUCCCCCUUACCUCUCGCCACUCUCGAGCGAAGAUUCGUUUGCUAAAGGAGGUAUAGGGGGAAAGGUGUCAGCACAGCCUCCAUCUGGCAUCUUCCAAUAAAAUGAGCCCACCAUACACAUCCAACAGCACAAGCGAAGGAGAGGCUGGUGAAAUCAAUCCCUGGAUUCUACUUAAUGAAAGCAUGGGUUUAUACCCACCCAGCUUCCACACUGACAUCACCAAGCACCUUGGAGUCCAGAUCACCCUGAUCACAGCUUAUUCCCUAAUAAUUCUGCUGGGGCUGGUGGGGAAUGCUCUUGUCAUCUACAUGAUUAUUCGCUACAGAAACAUGCGAACAGUGACCAACUUCUUCAUAGCUAACCUGGCUCUGGCAGACCUCCUGGUGGACACUCUCUGCUUGCCUUUCACUCUGGUUUACACUCUGUUAGAUGAGUGGAAGUUUGGAGCUGUGUUGUGCCACAUGGUGCCCUUUGCCCAGGCCCUGAGUGUCCAGGUAUCCAUCCUGACCCUGACUGUCAUUGCUCUGGAGCGUUACCGCUGCAUCGUCUUCCACCUUGGUCAGCGCCUCACGUGGCACUCCAGUUUCCUCAUCAUGGCAGUCACCUGGACUGUGUCUGCUGUCCUGGCAGCACCUCUGGCCAUCUUCAAAGAAUACCGCUACGAAGAGAUCCCUUCUAUCAACCUGCGUAUUGCUGUCUGCUCUGAGAGCUGGCCCCAUGGAACCAGCAGGGAUGGAGUCAUCUACAGCCUCUCAAUGCUGCUCCUACAGUACAUUAUUCCUUUAGCCAUCAUCAGUUAUGCUUACAUCUGCAUAUGGAUCAAACUGAAGAAUCAUGUCAGCCCGUCCAGCCGUAACGACAGCAUCAACCGUCGCAAAAAAACCACCAAGAUGUUGGCGCUGGUGGUGUUGGUGUUUGCUAUCUGCUGGCUGCCGUUCCAUGUGAUUCAGUUAGCCAGUGAUCUGGACCUGGCACUGAGGCUUAAGGAGUACAAACUCAUAUACACAGUGUUCCAUAUCGUAGCCAUGUGUUCGACUUUUACCAACCCUCUCCUAUAUGGGUGGAUGAAUAAAAACUACAGGAAUGGCUUCCUCAUGGUCUUUCGUUGUGAGGACAAGCCAGAUUCUUUUCACCCUGAGGGCUCAUUCAGAACACGCUCCAUAAGAGGGAGGACUCUGAAUGGCCGCAAUGGAGGACACCCUCCAACUGCUGUAUGAGAUAUACAGUAUUUUAAAAGCCUAUUGAUGAAUGUGACUGAAAACACUGAACACUUCUGAUUUGUGGUGCUUGUUGUUCUAAAGUAGCCUUGUUACUUGAAGGUCUCAGCUUCAGUAUCUACAGUGCCUAUAAAAGGUAUUCACCCCCUUGGAUGUUUUCCCACUUUGUUGCUUUUAAUAAAUUGAAUCAUAGUCAAUAUAAUUGGGCUUUUUUGACAAAAAAGAAGUCAAAGUGAAAACAGAUUUCUGCAAAGUAAUGUCAGUUAUUUAAAAUUAUAUAAUGUAAUAUAAGUGAUUGCGCAAAUAUUCACCCCCUUGUAGUCAGUAUUUAGUAGAUGCACCUUUAACUGCAAUCACAGCACUGAGUCUGUGAUUGCAGUAAAGAUGUGCAAGCCUGAUUGAGGCUUGCACAUCUGGACACUGCAAUUUUAUUGCAUUCUUCUUUGCAAAAGUGCUCAAGGUCUGCCGUGUUGCACAGGGAUCGGGCGUCAACAGCUCUUUUCAAGUCCAGCCACAAAUUCUCAGUUGGAUUGAGAUCUGGGCUUUGACUCAGCCACCCCAGAACAUUCACCUUGUUGUCUUUAAACCAUUUCUGUGUAGCUCUCACUGUGUGUUUCAGGUCAUUGUCUUGUUGAAAAAUGAAUCCUCUGUUAGGUCGAAGUUCUCCUGCAGACUGAAUCAGAUUGUCCUCCAGGAUUUCCGUAUAUUUGAUUGCAUUCAUUUCACCAUCUACCUUUACAAGCUUUCCAGGGCCUGCUGAUAAGAAGCAUCCCCACGGCAUGAUACCACCACCACCAUGCUUCUCGGUGGGGAUGGUGUGUUUUUGGGCAAUGUGCAGUAUUUGAUGUCGGCCAAACAUAGCAUGUAGUCUGAUGGCCAAAAAGCUCCAUUUUGGUCUCAUCAGACCAAAGAACCUUCUUCCAGUUGACAUUGGAGUCUCCCACAUGUCUUUAGGUGAAAUCUAGUUGAGAUUUAAUGUGAACUUGAACAGUGGCUUUCUCCCAUAAAGCUUUGACUGGUGAAGAACCUGGGCAACAUUUGCAGUAUGCAGAGUCCCUCCCAUCUCAGCUGCUGAAGACUUAAGAGUACUACUUCAGGGUAAUCAUAGGUGUCUUGGUGGCCUCUCUCACUUGUGUCCUUCUUGCACAGCCACUCACUGUGUGAGGAUGGUCUGCUCUGGGCAGAUUUAUACUUGUGCCGUAUCCUUUCCAUUUUUUAAUAAUGGUUUAAACAGAACUCCUGGGGAUGUUCAAUUAAAACUGAAGACUUAAGUUAAGACUUAUAUUUUACAAUAUCAUUUUCUCAAAGUUGCUUGGAAUGUUCUUUUGUCUUCAUGGUGUAAUUUUAGGAAUACUGAUUAACCAGUGACUGGACCUUCCAGACACAGGUGUCUUCAUACUACACUCACCACUCACCCGAGACACAUUUACUGCAUUCAGGUGAUCUCCAUUUCAAUAACUACUAGCACCAAUUGGCUGGAGCUCUGCUGAGUUAGGUCAGUCUGCUUAGACUUCAGUAACAUCUUAUUUUAUUUUACAUUAUAU